CCACCUAGCCAUGGGGCCCCGCGCGUACAGCGAACGGCGCACUGCUCACUCGAUCGGUGCCACCGGCGUGCCACGCUUCGCCGCAAACCCCGCCGCGUUUAUAUGACCGUAGCGCCUGAUCACUCCCCGUCACACAUCACGCACACACUCCUCGCCACUCCCCACAGCGCCCCCAAUUGCCCGCACCUCCGCCAUCCCUCCUCCCCGCCGGGAUCAAAGAUACAAGAUGUCAAACAGAGCCACACAUUGGUGUUAUGCCUGCCGUCGGCCAAUUCGUCUUCGUGGCCAAGAGAUAAUCUGCCCGAAUUGCAAUGAUGGCUUCAUACAAGAGAUCAGUGAGAUAGGAGGCGCUUUGAACAACUACGGUAUGUUUGGGCCACGCUUCGAUGAUCGCCUAGAUGGACGAUUUGGAAUGAUGGAUGCUAUGUCUGCCCUCAUGCGUCGACGGAUGGCAGAAAUGAGCAGCAAUCCUGUGUUUGAUCCUAAUGCAGCUUGGGCAAGUACCACACAAGGAAGGCCGUCCCCGAUUGGCCCUAGGCUGAUAUUCGGCAGCAACAUGCCUGCUCAGGGGAGCGAGGACAGCGGAGUAAACGUGCUUGUCAGGGGAGGCCGCAGAAUCGGCGCUGACCGUCCAAACUUCAGCGGCUUCCUUGUCGGUGGCCCCAGCCUCGAAGCUCUGUUCGAGCAGCUGCUACUGCAGACCGGCAACCGUCAAGGGCCGGCGCCGGCUCCACAGUCUGCAAUCGACUCCAUGCCGGUGGUGAGGAUAACCCGCAGGCAUCUGAGCGAUGAUCCAGUCUGCCCAGUCUGUACGGACAGAUUUGAAGUUGGCUCGGAGGCGAGGGAGAUGCCGUGCAAGCACCUGUACCAUGCCAGCUGCAUCAUCCCCUGGUUGGUUCAGCACAACUCCUGCCCAGUUUGCCGCCACCCGCUGCCGCCGCAGCGAGGAUCAGACAACAAUGCAGCCCGCCCACAACCUUCGGCCCACGCCAGCGAAGCCGUGAACCGUGGGGUCACCGGUGCCGGAGCCGACCCUGGGCCUGUCACGAGGAACGGCGGCGACGACAGAGGGAGCCCUUUCUCGUUCCUCUGGCCGUUUGGGUCGUCGAGCCCCGGUCCCAGUUCUUACCAGUACGGAGGAGGCGGGGGUGAGCCUGCGCCUGCGGUUUACAACGACGACCCUGGCCAGAUAACCUACUCUGAGUGGCACUAUGAUCCGUGACACUCCCUGAGCUCCUGCUCCAAGCUGGAGGCGUUGUGUGAAGCUUAGAUAUAUAUGCUCCAAGCUGGAGGCGUGGUGUGGAGUUUAGAUAUAUAUGAUGAAUCUGUGAUGGGUGCCUGUAACGUUCACCUUAUGUUGGCUGGAGCUGUGUAUAAAAUGUAAGCUGUCUACUGAGUGAGCAGUGUGAACUACUGUAUAUUCUGUAGUAAAAUACUCCCUUUGUUCCAAA